AUGCAACAACAACAUCACCCACAUCGCCAUGAGGGUUACUAUAGAGGUCUUGAGAUGUAUGUACCUUGUCCAUAUCCAAAAGUACUUGAGAAUUGUAUUUCACUGUUUUGUCCGUGUUACUCUAAUCCUUCAACCAACCCAUCAUCUUUGCAUAUAUCUCGAUGUGAGGGGAAACUAGACAGCCGAUCUGUAUUCGCUAUUCUCUCUGGUUGUAGGACAACGGUAUACGACAUAUCACCUUCGUCUUCAUUUGCUUCAAGAUUAGAUAGAUUAACCGAUUAUGGCUUUGAUAGUAGUAGCCGCUUUGCUGGACUUCAUCAGGCAAUUCAAUUUCAAGAAAGAUUGAAGUUGGGAUCGAUCACCUCUUUCAUAGACUAUGGUUUCUUUGGUUACCUCUGCUCUACUUUGACCAUUCACUUAAUGUCAUUAGGUGUAAUAAACACUGACCUGACGUUUAAUUAA